AUGUUCGCAAUAAUCGUGAUAAUUUCUUCCCUUGUUAUCCUCUUUCUUUUGACAAUAUAUUAUAAAAAAUGCAAAUUGCAUUAUUCAAACUUCCAAAUAACCCUCAUUACUAAUAUUGAUGAAGCACGCAAGAUUCUCACUGAUAGUGAUAUACUUUCUCGCGCGGUGCCUAAUCAAAGAUUAAAGAAAUCUUUUCAAAUAUCAAAUCCAUUCACCAAUCCAAAUGAAAAUUAUCAUAAAGAAUUCGUAAAAGUUAUUUAUAAAACAAUUAAUUUUGAUAAUAAAAAGUGGGAAAGGUUUGCAAAUAUUGCUCUCGAGACAGUAAAGAACGAAAAAGUUUUUAAAACUGGGUUUAUCGAACUUGUCCCUUGGGUUCAGAAAAUAACACUGAGUGUUAUAUUGCGCGGUUAUUUAGAUUUUGACGCAAAUGUCUGCGAAAUCAUUGAUGACAUUCCUAAAAUCAUUAAUGAUAGCAAGUUAUAUAAUGAAGCUUUAAUGUCACAAAGCAAAGAUAAGGACGUUAAUGUUAUACAGGAAAUUUCAAAAAUAGCACAUAAACACUUGAAUGAUAUCCAGAAACUACCACAAUCAACUUCUGGAUUUAUUAAUCCUACGGAAGAUGAACUGGAAACUCCAUUGAAUAUUAUCCUUCCGGCAUACGAAACAAUGUGGAGGGUUCUUCUUUAUGCAAUUUUAGAGAUUAAAGUGCGAGAAAUUUUACUGAUCAAAAACAACUCAAAAAGGAUGAAAAAUAUUCAUCUUAAGGACCUAAACGAUUCAAUCAAUAUUUUUCUAAAAAAUCCAUCUUAUUCUACAUUAAAAGGUAAUUCAUUAAACCUUAUAGUUAAAGAAACAUUGAGACUAUAUCCUGCAACACGUCGUAUACAUCGAACAUGCAACGGAAGAAAAUAUACGAUAGAUGUGGAAACGAUUCAUCGUGAUCCUACGAUUUGGGGAGAUGAUUCAUUGCAUUUCAAGCCAGAACGAUUCGAAAAACCUAACGUAUUAUCAUCCUUUUCAUAUAUACCUUUUUCUGUUGGCCACAUGAGAUGUGUAGCAGCCGAUAAAUUUGCACCAACUGUGGCAGCAAUUCUCAUUGCAGCUGUUUUGUCAUCUGUUGACAUCAUAGAUGUAGUAGACAAUGAGGCAAUUGAAAAUUAUCGAAAAAAUCCGGAUUUACCUUUUGAAAAUCAUCGUCUUGCUUUUGAUAAGAUGAUUGUAAACGUCACAACGCUAUUAAAUUAG